AAUGUCCUGCUGCUCUAUUAUGCCCAGUGGUGCGGAUUCUGUGCUUCUCUUAAUCACAUCUUUAUUCAACUUGCUCGGCUUUUGCCUCCGGAUAACUUCACUGUGGCAAGAAUUGAUACCAGCCGAAAUGACCUUCCCUGGGAAUUCAUGACAGACCGGCUCCCAACCAUUUUAUUUUUCCCUCAUCAGAGGAAGGAGCAAAGUGUGAAGUUCCCUGAAGACUUUCCAGUUAACCUUCCUAAUCUCCUUAAAUUUAUUUUGCAACACUCAAGUCUUUCUUCAGCAGAGCCCUGUACCAAAGAAUGCCUACAAAAAGAGACGGUUCUGCAGCAAGGACACAUCUCCCACUUGGAGAGAGAGAUUCAGAAGCUAAGGUCAGAAAUCAGUGCCCUUCAUCAGGCCCACGGCCAGCUGGAAGCACAGCUCUCUGAGGCCAGGAGAGAGGAACAGAGACUGCAGCAGCAAAAACACACUCUGGAAAAGCAGCACAGGACUCUGCAGCUCCACAGUGAGCGCUUACAGGCCACGUACGACCAGAAGAACCGAGAAUUACUCGAAAUGGCUGAAAAGCUUCAAGAAUUGGCUGAUGCAUCAGAAAACCUCCUUAAAGAGAACACUUUACUGAGAAUCCUGGUGGCAUCAAAGGAAGGAAAGCUACUGAGCAAGGAUGAAAUGAAAGAAUCCCUCCAGUCAGAGCAAACACUUUCAGAAGACGAUGAUGUAUCCGUUUCAACAGCUGCUGCCACAUUAGAAGAACAAAGGACUGACAAUACUGAUACAGUAGAAACAGAGCACAGUAGUGCAAACAGGACAGAAUGA